AAGUGACACACAUAGCUUACCAUUUUACAUCACGCUUUUAACGAAGAUGGUUGAUGUCGUAUCCGCGGCGGUUGCCCUCGUAUUCCUGUGGGGAUCUGCGAUGGGCGGGAUGGAGGAUGGCACAUUGGAAAGCCGGUUUGAGUACGAGUACAAGGUGCUGCAGAAGCUGAUCGUGCUGGAGAUGGAAAAGAAUGAGCUGCGUGGCAUGGUGACAGCCCUCAAAACUAGACUGGAAGAGGCCGAAACAGUGAUACGUGCUUUGAAUACAACGGUACGAAAAGUUGCAACCGGAAGUACGUAUAUCAGAUGGGGGAGGAAGACUUGUCCAUCCGAAACUGGAGCUCGUCCGCUGUAUGACGGGUACGCUGGAAGCUCAUCGCACUUACAUUCCGGGGGAGGCAACACUUAUCUAUGUUUGCCACGGGACCCGGUGUUGGACGAUAUUCAAGGGGGAUCCAGAAGCUACAUCUACGGAGCCGAAUAUGAAACGAAAGGUGGAACGCUUUGGAGAGAAAUGCAGGACGAAGAGGUACCCUGUGUAGUAUGCAUCACACCGAACACCAACGUCGUCAUGGUUCCUGCCAAGAACGUUUGUCAUCCGGGUUGGAAUUUAGAAUACGCGGGCUAUCUGAUGGCGGAGAAGUUUGAUCACAGUGCCAAAAACUAUGUAUGUAUGGAUGGUGAACCCGACGAUUUAGACGGAAGUCGCGGCAAUCAGGACGGGGCACUGUUCUACUUUGUUGAGGCUUCGUGCGGAUCCCUCCCCUGCGACCCGUACAUACAAGGAUAUGAGCUGACUUGUGCCGUCUGCAGCUUACCGCCCGUAAACUAAUCUUUCGCAUUACACUGUACACCCAUGCAGGUUAAUGAAGAGACACGUCACGGACUCUAUCAUGGAGAGGUCAAAUCAAGGCCAAGAAUUUGACGGGAAACUUUUUACAAACAUCACUUCCUUUAAAAUGAAUGUUUUCAAACAAACUUACAUUGUUAAUUCUAAGGAAUUGUAUGUACAUUUGUAUUCUUGAAAAACUGCUUUAAAUUGUAAUUAUAUAUUCAUCGAAUAAACAUUUCUUUAGUUAAAUUUCAA